AGGCAACAGAGCAACAGUUAGUUUUUUUUCCUGGCAGGAUGCAGUAAAGGACCUUGGCUUAACUAGGACUAUAAUUCUUGGACCACACAUUUGGAACAGAUUUAUUUUUUUUCUGGCAUUUUAUUGUCUCGGUGUCUUUUAUUUGAUUCUUUGAUUGCUCGAGGCCGGCGAGUGUAGCUUAUAGAUAAGAGUUUUGUGUGUGUGUGGUGUUUUUUUUUCUAUAAGGAAACCAAAUGCCUAUUAGUAGGUACAUGAGUUUUCGUUCGUCAAAGCGAUUUAAAUUGACCAGCAGCUACCCGGUAGAGAGCAGUGGUGGCGGUCUGCCAGCCAAAGUGAAGAAAAGCAGGAGCAGCUUAAGCAUUGGCAGCAUCAAGAAGGCAGAGUCCAGGAAAGCCUUGAGUUUGGAGGCGGCCCAGCUCGAAAUCCAGCAUCAGCACAAAACCCUCACCAGACAAGUAGCUAUCAGGUCACAGACCUUUGAUGUUGACAACAAAGUCUUUGAGAGGACGGAGGGCAAUGGCACACAAAGUAGUUUCAUAAAGCACAAUAAGACAUUCCACAAGUUGUUUCCAGACAUUCCUGAGAGUGAAGACUUGAUACAUGCAUACAUCUGUGCCCUGCAGAAAGAAGUGCCAUACCAUGGUCGGCUGUACAUCACUGAUACCCAUGCCUGUUUCUACUCCUCAGUUCUGCUGAAGGACACUAAGUUAGUGAUUCCAGUUGCCUGCAUCCACAAAGUGAAGAAGCAGAACACAGCUUUGCUGGUACCCAACGCCUUGUCGAUCCGCACCAUAGAAGGAGACAAGUACCUGUUUGUGUCGCUGCGGAACAGAGAGUCAUGUUUUCAGCUGCUGCGUUCAGUAUGUCCUCAGAUAGAGGAGGGCAGUACAAAUAGUAGCCCUGUCUUCUCCUCAGCUGAGAACAGCUUUGACAAGAGCAAACUUGUGAACUCCAGCCAGUCCAGCCUGGACGACUGCUUCGAACAAUUUGAUGGCUCAGAGUCACAGUCCUUACAGGACCAGCCUCUGCACAGACCACACAGAGAGGCAGUGCCUAAUGGGAACACCUCGGCUUUCAGGAGCCUACACGUGCAGCAGAGUGAUAGCUCGUCCUUAGAUGAGCUGUCAGUAUCUGGUUCAGGUGGAUCAUGGGUUUGGAAUGUGACCGAAAAGGCCAAGUCCCUGCUGGUUCAGAGAGAGGCCAGCACCCUCAACACUCUACUCUUCAUUUACUUGAUUUUGGUUGUUCUGCUGCUGCUGUCUUCUGGCUACAUUGGUUUACGUAUCGUGGCCCUGGAGGAACAGCUGACAUCCCUAGGGGCAUUGCCUGAAUUCACUUUACAGAGCGGAUAUCGCCAAGACACAUAACACUCAGCGACCGAAGGAGAGAUCGGUUGACCCAUGACUGGAGGAUUAUUUCAGCCUCUUCCAGCACAUGACACAGCGGAAGAAAUUUCAUGUACUCAGACUGUGCUCCCAACAUGUCCUCUGCUGUUGGCUAGAGGAAAAAUGGCCAACCUGUGCAAUUUCAGAGGCACCUUGUUAACUUGAAGGGCUAUACUUCCUCCUAGUGCAGUAGACAAACGGACAUGCCUCGACUUGGUCACACAGAGCCGAGCCAAAAUGCAUUCACACGCUGCCUGGUUGCAGCGUGUCUGUCGUUCAAACCAAAGCCAAAUGGCUCUAACUUAGCAAUGUGCCACGCUAGCCAAGUUGACGGUCACUUUCCUGACUGAAACUGUUCCACAUCUGUGAACUUUGUCCACUGUCCCUUCACAUACAUACUCUUCUCCUUGAACAUGUAGUCUGAACAGGGCUAUACCAAUCAGCAUUAGCCUGCUGUAGUGCUUGUUAUUGCACCACAACACCAGAGACUAUGCAUAGCCAAAGAUGCACACUGCACAUAUUUUGCAUGAGUGCACAGAGAGGACUUAAAUGAUUUUCUAUCUCUUGUAUACAAAUUUGUCUCUUGUCCUUCAGUUCAGUUACUGUCGGGUAUAUCUCUGUGAAUUAUCUUCUUAAUCAGCUGUGGGUUAAAAUGAGUGCUGAAAUCUCAAAAUCUGAUCAGCCGAUGGCGGUUUGAUACACUCCCGAUGGUCUUAUCCUUUCUCUCUUUCUCCAACCAGCAGUGAUUGCAGUUAAUUUCCUCGUCUUUGGCAUGAUUUAAACCAGUUUAAUGAUCAAUGCUCGAAGGUUGUUUUUCCCUGCAGUUUCUACUGGAUGAAUGCAUCAUCAAUGCACAAAUAUGUAGUACAUUAGGACACGAGGAGUUGUCUCAGAGGCAUAUUUGUUUUUAUGUACGAUUUCUCUAUGACUUUGGUCUUCAAGAGUAGAAAUAUGUCUGUUUCAGAUGUAUGUUGAUGUACUGUCUACCACGACACUUGAAAGUACAAACCUCUCUCUCUUUGACAGUCCUCUUGAGGACCAAGUGGCAUUUCUAGAAUUUUCAGGUUAUUUAAAGUAGCACCAAUGUAUUUCAAAUACUCAUGCAUGUGUCUGCAAUAUCGACACUUGACUGAUACAGAAUAUGCAUUGUCAGGAGAGGAGAAACCACACCUGCUGUAAGGUCCAGUUCUUUCAACAGCAAAACAAGUGGUCCCAAAAGAAAUUUCAAUAUGCAAAAAGUUAUUAUGCAUGGCAAAAUGUAAUUUAUCUUUGUGCGCUGUUUUUUAAAUGGAGUUUGAUGUUUGUGGAGAAGAAAUCGUGUAAGGGGAAAAACAAAAAAACAAACAAAAAAAAGAUGUAAAUGAAAGGAACGGCUCAGCUCGAGCGAGCGCACUUUAAAAAAUGUGUUGUGCCUGUCACAAUCCAACAAUCUGUUUGGAUUGGGAAGAAACGGCAAAGCUGGCGUCUGAUGGUGCUAAUACCUUUUUAUUUAUUUUUUUUUAAGAAAAAAAAAAUGUUUUCACUCAGGGGUGGUUGGCACUAACUGCCAUGUGGUUUUAGGUCGUCAUCUUUUCCUUUGUCAUUUCAAAGUCUAGUGCUCGGGAGUUUACACUCUGUACAUCCUGGCUUUGGUGGUUUCUCAACUUCUCACUACUUUUGAUUGAGGUUCACUUGACAUUUCCAACUAAUGUGACGGUAUUCAGCUUCCCAGAAUGCUUGCUUUUCUUUCUCCUCCCCCCUUUUUUAAACUGACCUAACAAAUGCAUAUCCACGCCACCAUCUCAAUGAUUUAACAUCACCCGUGUUGUGGAAGCUCUUCUUGACAAGCUGUAGCAAGUGGGUUUACUUUUGUCACAUCCUGUCUCAAGAUAGACCUUGUCUCAUGUUUAGCUAUGGUUUUUGACAACAUGCCAUUUACGUUGUCAAAUCUUAUAAUUUUCCACCAGGGGGCAGCACACACAUUCACUCUCCUUGAAUGACUCAAUGCAAGAAUCUCAAAGUAGGCAGUAUUUGUGUGGUUUUGCACUAUUGAAAGUGUUGUAAAUAAUUUUGUAUCAAUUGUUAAUGUCCUUAAUUCUACUAUGGUCCUAAUAUUUAUUUGCAUUCUGCGUAAUUCAAAGUAGUCUCUGUGAGAUGGCUUUGCUAUUGUUCAAAAUAAAUCAAAUGUUGCGACGUAAA